AUGAGGAUGGCUGGCCUCCUCUUUACCAUUCUCUUCUUUAUGAGCCAAGUUCUACCAGCCAUGGGCAAAUUCAAGGAGAUGUGUGAGCAUCCCAACGGCUCCUGCCAAAAAUUUUUCCGUGAAACAGAAAUUCACAUUGGGAAGUGUUUAAAUGGCAGACGGUGCUGCCUGCCCAUGGGGCAUCGACCACAAAUCAAACAGAGUCCUCCCAGGAAGGGUUGA